CGCUGCUGCUGCUGCUGCUGCUGUUACUUCGACUGCUGACGCUGAUGUCGACGUAGCUGCUAGUCGAGAGCCACUGCCAGUGCUCGGCGGACAAACAAUGGCACAAAUUAGUUCGAACUCGCAACUCGAGGGAAACGUUUCACCGACACCAACGCAAACGACGACCCACUUUGAUGAUAACGAUAACCAUAGCCAGCAACUGAGCAACGCUAUCAUCAACGGCAACCACAAUCCAGGCCACAGCAGCCCCACCAAGAGUCUCUCGGCACGUGGCAGCCGCAACAACAACUCAUCAAGCUUUCAGAUUCAAUCGCAUAAUGCACGCUACGAUGACGACAACGACGAUGAUGAUGACCUAGCAGCUGCUGAACAACAAGCUAAUCAGGUUGCUGCUGCUGCUGCUGCUGCUGCUGCUGGAGGGACUGCUAACGGAGCUGGUGUUGCUGCCAGCCGUGGCGCUGGCAACGUACCCGACUAUUGGCAACAGCGCAACGGAGCUGGGUCCGCAGGUGCGGCAGCAGUUGGUGCGGGUGCGGGUGCGGGUGCGGGAGCUCAAAGCGGCCAUCAGAGUCGCGCACUCAGUCCCAGCUACUUGGAUAACAUGAGCGAAAACUCGGAGCAGCCGCCAGUGGUGCCGCUAGUACGUUCCAAGUCGCGUCCGGAGAUCUCCAGUGCAGCUGCCUCCAGAUAUUCGCAUCUGUCCUAUUGGAAGGCACGUCGUGUGGUCUUCUAUCGCAAUGGCGAUCCGUUCUUUCCGGGCGUGGAGCUGCGCUAUCGUCCCGGCCGCGAUGUCACCUCGCUGGACAAUCUGCUGGACAAGAUAUCGCCCAAAAUGGAUUUGCCACGCGGCGCACGCUAUGUGUUCUCCAUGGACGGCGAUCGCAAGUAUCAUUUGGAUGAGCUGGAAGAUGGCGCCUUCUAUGUGGUCUCCUCGUUCAAGGCCUUCAAGCCCGCCAGCUACGGUAAAAAAAACGGCAUGUGGUACGCCUCGCCGGGAAAUCAGGGCUGGGGCUCCAAGCCUGCCAGUCGCAAGCCUUCAAUAAUGGAAGCGGAUUUGGGCACAUUAUCGACCACAUCGGGCUCGAUAAAACGCAGUGCCGGCCGUGUGAUACGCAUCAUCAAUAAUUUGGAUCAUUCGGUGCAGUGUCGCGUUCUGCUGAACCUACGCACGUCGCAGCCGUUUGAGGAAGUGCUCGAGGAUUUGGGUCAAGUGUUGAAAAUUAAUGGCGCCAAGAAAAUGUACACGGGCACCGGCCAGGAGGUGCGCAGUUUUUCACAGCUGCGCAACGAGUUUGCCGACGUGGACACUUUCUACCUGGCCACGGGCACAGCUUUGAUUGCCGGCUCACCCAUACGGCGCUCACGCUCGCGCCCCUCGGUGGUGGCAGCCGCGCCCAUACUGCCCACGGAGGAGCUGCCGAAGGUGCCGCUGCGUGGCACACGGCCGCGCAGCAAGAGUCGUCCACGAAUUCUGUACGCGCCGGAGAGCGAAAUACUGCGCCCCAAUGGCGAGUACACCAUGCUGGACAUUAUGAAGGAGGAGCCCACUAAGGUUACCAUACGUGGACUGCGUCGCACCUUCUAUCCGCCAGUGCAUCAUGCGCCGGCGGACAACUCACCGCCAGACAAAAAGCUGCAGCUCCAAUGGGUUCACGGCUAUCGCGGCAUCGAUGCUCGUCGCAAUCUUUGGGUGCUGCCAACGGGUGAGCUGCUCUACUAUGUGGCCGCAGUGGCUGUGCUGUUCGAUCGCGAUGAGGACGCGCAGCGUCACUACAUAGGCCACACCGAGGACAUUAUGUGCAUGGAUGUGCAUCCGUCACGUGAGCUGGUGGCUUCGGGUCAGAAGGCUGGACGUGAUCGCAAGUCGCAGGCGCAUGUGCGCAUCUGGAGCACCGAAUCGCUGCAGACGCUCUACGUGUUUGGCAUGGGCGAGCUGGACACGGGCGUUACCGCCGUCGCAUUCUCGCAGCUGAAUGGCGGCAGUUACAUUUUGGCCGUCGACAGCGGACGCGAGAGCAUCUUGUCUGUCUGGCAAUGGCAGUGGGGUCAUCUGCUGGGCAAAGUGGCCACACUGCAGGAGGGACUGUCCGGCGCAGCGUUUCAUCCGCUGGACGAUAAUUUAAUUAUUACGCAUGGACGCGGGCAUUUGGCCUUCUGGCAUCGCCGCAAGGAUGGCUUCUUUGAGCGCACGGACAUUGUGAAGCAGCCGUCGCGCUCGCAUGUGACCAGCGUGCAGUUCGAGCCGGACGGCGAUGUCAUCACUGCCGACUCGGAUGGCUUCAUUACCAUCUAUUCGGUCGAUUCGGAUGGCGCGUACUUUGUGCGCACGGAGUUCGAGGCGCACAACAAGGGCAUUGGCUGCCUCAUUAUGUUGGGCGAGGGCACGUUGCUCUCUGGCGGCGAGAAGGAUCGCAAGAUUGCCGCUUGGGAUUCGCUGCAGAACUACAAGAAGAUUGCGGAUACAAAGUUACCGGAAGCUGCUGGCGGCGUUAGAACAAUUUAUCCGCAGCGACCUGGUCGCAACGAUGGCAACAUCUAUGUGGGCACAACGCGCAACAACAUCUUGGAGGGCUCGCUGCAGCGUCGCUUUACACAAGUGGUGUUCGGCCAUGGGCGGCAGUUGUGGGGUCUGGCAGCGCAUCCGGAGGAUGAGCUCUAUGCCACGGCUGGGCAUGACAAGCAUGUGGCGCUCUGGCGCAAAAACAAACUCAUUUGGACCAUACAGACGGGCUACGAGUGCGUGGCGCUGGCCUUUCAUCCGUUUGGCACGGCUCUGGCUGCUGGCAGCACUGAGGGCCACUUGCUGGUCAUCAACUGUGACAACGGAGCGGUGAUGUUGACGCUGCGCGUCUGCGGCUCACCCCUCAACUGUGUGUCCUACAAUCAGGUGGGCGACAUGAUUGCCAUGGGCUCGCAGAACGGCAGCAUCUAUUUGUUCCGCGUAUCACGCGAUGGCUUCUCCUAUAAGAAAGUGAACAAGAUACGCGGCUCGCAGCCGCUCACCCAUUUGGAUUGGAGCAUGGACGGCAACUUUGUGCAGACCGUGACCAUUGACUUUGAUUUGCUAUUCUGGGAUGCCAAGUCCUUGUCGCCCGAGCGCAGUCCCAUUGCCAUGAAGGAUGUCAAGUGGCUGAGCAACAAUUGCACUGUGGGCUUCCUGGUCGCCGGCCAGUGGAGCAAUCGCUACUACACCAGCAACAACACCAUCGUUGCCACCUGCAGUCGCUCCGCCGCUCAUGAUAUGCUUGCCUCCGGUGAUGCCGAAGGCUACUUGCGUUUGUUUAGAUAUCCUUGCAUCUCGCCGCGCGCCGAGUUCCAUGAGAGCAAAGUGUACUCGGGCAUGCUCGCCUGCGCGCGCUUCUUGUGCGGAGAUCACACACUCAUCACCGUGGGCGGCACAGACGCUUCGCUUAUGGUGUGGGACAUUGUUGAGGAAUAGCUGAAAUGGCCACCGUGGCGCCCCGCGGCUGCUGCACACAACGAAUCGAGCUACGCGGACUAUUGGCAUCGACGCUUCUCGCAGGUGUCCUCAACGGUGCUGGACAGCGACUCCGUCGACUAUCAGUAAACUAUCAGUUGAGCAGUCCCGUGUAUUGAUUGCAUUUGAAGUGUGUGCGGCGGCUACGCUUGCAAAAUUUUUGGAGCACCAUUACAAUUGGCCAGCAUUCCAUUGGUUUUUUAUAACAAAUUAGAUAAUUGCACAAUUUAUAAAUCUAAACAAAUUUAAGCUAAACAAACGAUAACGAUAACGACAAUUUGAUAUUGAAAUCGCAAUUGAAAUUUUUUACACACUUGAAGUGAAGUUUAGCAAGAGAAAUUCGCAAGCUAGAACCAAGUACAAGUACAUAACAUAAAUAAAUUAUCCUUUGUCCGCCUAUGCGAUUUGCAUUGCACCAAAUUUUGGCUUCCACAAGAUGAAUCUUCCGUUUGCAUUGCGAUUCGCAUUUGCAUUUUGUAUUUUGGUUGAUAGAUACUUCCAGAUUUUGUUGAAAACUAACAGACAGACUUAAAUGCCACUGGUGGAUAACUGUAACCAUUUUGUAAACAAUAUGCAUUCAAAUCCUCACUACUUUCCAUGAAAUAUACAUACAUACAAAUCUACAUAAAAUGAUUACGAACAAACAAAACAAAACGAAACAAACCAAACAUCUUCCAAUUACGAGUGCGCUGAUCUUUUUCAACUACUGCGGUUAGACACAAAGUAACCGAGACACCCACAGGACACAUGAAUUACGAAGAAACUAAGUGCACUUAUACCCUAUACUCAUUUACAAAGCGAGUAUAUAAACAAAUUACUUAUACAUACAUACAUAAAUUACAUAU